AUGGACCAUCCUACGGUUCAGCCGGCCACAGAUCUCAAUACGAAAGACAACGGCAAAUAUGAGUUACAGGAGGCGGAGCAUAUUGAUCUGUCCUCUCAAAAUCUCACCUUCGACGAACAGGAGCUGGAACCGGAGCUGCACGCGCGCACCUGGAUCGCUCUCGCAGCCUUUUUCUUGUUGAACUUCACCCAGGUGGUGGCUCUGCAAGGACCAUCUUCUGUUCUGACCUACAUUGGAACCGAUCUCCACAACACGGAAACUCAAGCCUGGGUGGUUGUCGUUCUUUCCCUGGUGCAAGGAGUCCUGGGACCACUCCUCUCCACAGCUUCAGACACCUUUCAAGCCCGCAAGCCAUUGCUUGUCGGUUCCUGCGCCAUAUCCUUUGUUGGGGCUUGCAUCGCUCCGGGCUCCAGCACCAUCAACCGACUUAUCGGUGCCAAUGUCCUGAUCGGCGUCGGCUUCGCAUCAGUACCCAUAGCUUACGCCGUGCCCAGCGAGAUCCUGCCCCGCAGAUGGCGACCAUUGGCGCAAGCCGGGGUCAACAUUGCGGCCCUUCUUGCGACUGUUGCGGGCCCUUUCACCAUCGGUGCUCUGACAAAACGCAACACACAUACCGGUUGGCGGUUGUUCUACUGGUUCCAGGCUGCCCUCUGGGGCGCCACCACCAUUGCGCUCUGCAUGGGCUACAGUCCACCAACACGACAUACCAGACUAGACCAUCUGUCUUUCUGGCGUAAGCUUGGCUAUAUCGACCUGAUCGGCAGCUUCCUUCUCACUGCUGGAUUGACCCUCUUUAUCGUAGGGCUCAGUCUUGGGGGUAGUCUAUACACUUGGACUAACGCACACACUCUAUCGACCAUGAUAAUCGGCCUCGUUACGCUCAUCACUUUCGCCGUCUAUGAGUGGAAGGGUACCAAGACUGGCAUCCUGAACCAUGAUCUAUUCCGUGGUGGGCGUAACAAGGGACGAACAUUCGCCAUCUGUGUCGCAUUGCUAUUCAUAGAGGCCGUCAUGAUCUUCAGCUAUGCACUCUUCUUCCCCGUCCUCUCACAAAUCCUCUUCACGACCGAUCCCGUCCUGAUUGUCGCUCGCUCACAGGCAUGCUGGAUCCCAGCCAUUUUCUCCACGAUUGUCUGGGGAUACAUCAGUACUCGCUUCCGGACCAUUCGAGAGCCCUUGCUGAUCGGCUUUAUUUUCCUCACGGUCGGCUUGAUCGGACUAGCCACAAUCCAACCAGGCCAACCCGCGAGUGCCAUCGCCUUCUCUUGUCUCACCGGUAUCGGCUUUGGUGCUCCACUCAUUCUUGUCGUCACGGGUGUUCAAUUGUCUACACCGCAUAGCUUAAUUGCCACGGCCACGGCUUGCACCACCUCUUCGCGGGCCGUAGCCGGUGCCGUCUUCUCGGCCAUCUACGCAGCGGCCUUCAACACCCGCCUCAAGGACUACUUGCCCAAAUACAUUGCAAAGGCGGCGUCGGCUGCUGGACUUCCCGCCACCUCCCUUCCAGCUUUCAUCCAAGCCCUGAGCGAAGGUGACGACGCCGAGGCGUUGGCAAAUAUUCCAGGCAUCAGUCCCACAAUCAUUGCACAAGGGGCACGUGCUUUACAGCAGGCCUUUGCCGACUCGCUUCGCGUUGUCUUCAUCAUCGGAGCGCCAUUUGGAGUGGUCGCCUGUAUCGCCUGCUGGUUUCUCGGCGACUUGAGAGAGACGAUGGAUUACCACGUCGAUGCACCGAUUGAGGAGUUGCACACCAAGCGAGACCGCCAUGGGCCUGCUGUAUGAGCCUCGGUCAGGUGCUACAGCUGGUGGCAGGGAGAAAGCUUCGUUCGCGG